UGGAAGUCGCCCAGGCAAGGCAAAGGAAUAUCAGCUGUCUGAUCCGGACUCCUCUCUCCAGUUGGCCGAGCACUGUACGAACAGCAGACUCCAACAACAACAUACCGGGGAUUUCACAUAACGGCAUCUAUCCGUCUGCGCACACAGACCAGCAGGAGACAAGUGUGCGCAAAAGCCACAGCUUGAAACACCAGGGUUGCGCACGGCUGUAAUUAUCUCGUAUUAUCCUCUAUUCCCUCCACUGCGCGGACAAACCGGGGACCGGAGGUGCUCGCUGUGGUGGUGGGGGGUGACACUUCCACGGGAUGGAGUCCUGAUUCUCCCACCGGGGAGGAAUGAAACUGAGAAAGCCCGUCGCCGCCGUGCUGGAAUAUUAAUAAUCCGAUCCUGACAAUAAUCCAGGGGAUUUGAGUUCCAGACUCUGAGCACCCCAACUUUUUUUUUUGCUCUCAGUUUUCCCUCUCAUCCCUGUUUCGUCCACCCGUGGGGACUUGUAUUUCCGUGACUGAUUUGCAGUAUUACUUCACUCUCUAGUCAUGGACCGGUCCACGUCUUUGGAUAUAGAAGCGCUCAAGAUGACCCAGGAGCAGUACAUCCUUGCAGCGCAGCCCAACCCGCUCCACCAACGGGGGGCGUCCAUGUGCGGUGCCCAGGUUUACCCAGCAGUGGGGAUCUAUGGCUGGAGGAAGAGAUGUUUGUAUUUCUUCAUCCUCCUCCUCCUCGUCACCAUGAUCGUCAACCUUGCACUGACCAUCUGGAUCCUCAAAGUCAUGAACUUCACUCCGGAUGGCAUGGGGAAUCUACGGGUGACAAAGGAAGGUGUCCGAUUGGAGGGAGUGUCCGAAUUCUUGCUGCCUUUAUACGUCAAAGAGAUCCAGUCUCGUAGGGACAGUCCGUUGAUCCUUCAGUCAGACAGAAAUGUGACCGUCAACGCUAGAAACGAUCAGGGACAACUGACUGGUCAGCUAAUCGUGGGUUCAGAGAUGGUGGAGGCUCAGUGUCAGAGGUUUGAGGUGAGGAGCCUUGAUGGAGAGAGAGUUCUGUUCUCAGCAGAUGAAGAGGAGAUAACCAUCGGCACUGAGAAACUUCGAGUCACAGGGAACGAAGGUGUGGUUUUCAGCCAUUCUGUAGAGACAUCACAUGUAAGGGCAGAACCCUUCCAGGACCUGAAGUUGGAGUCGCCGACUCGGACUCUUACCCUUGAGGCCCCCAGAGGUAUCGAGAUCAACGCAGGAGUGGGAGACUUCACAGCGUCCUGUAGGAAAGACCUUCUCCUGCAGUCGUCAGAAGGAGAGAUCUUUCUAGAUGCCAACACCAUCAGACUGGGCAACAUCCCCCUUGGCAGUGCUGUGGACCCCCUGGAGGGGGCGCCUGCAGGUACCACCUACACUAAACAGACUGUCUACGAGCUGUGCGCCUGCGCCAAUGGAAAGCUCUACCUGUCCCCAGCUGAGAAAGGCUCUACCUGCCAAACCACUAGUAACUUUUGUCUCUGGAGCUGAAAGUACGGAGCUGAAAGACACCGAGGACAUAUGGACUAUUAAAAGUUUGAAGCUAAUGCUAGCCAACAGACUGAAUCAUCAUGAAUUAUGGCCUGGUGGGAUACUAAUGCCACCUAACAGGCCGAAUCAACAUGGAUUGUAGCAUGGUGAGGAGUUCAUGUCCGUUAACCAACCAAAUAAUGUGGCUUACGGCUUGGGCGGGAAGCUACUGCCUGCUAACAGACCAAAUCAACAUGGACUGUAGCUUGCUGUGAUGCUAAUGCCAGCCAAAGGACUGAAUCAACAUGGACAAGAGCGGUGAGAUGCCACCUCACCGACAAAAUUAAUAUGGAUUGGUCAGUAGCUAUUGCUAGUCAAGAUGAUGGAUAACUCGGCAGGAGGAAAAGCCAGCGAGAUUAGCUCAUGGGUUUGAUGCGAAGACCACUCAUGGUCAUGGAUGGACAGUCCCUCCAGGGCCCUCAGUGGCUGUUUCUGCCAUUGUUGAUUUUCUGAAAGUCACAAGGAUUACAUUUGGGGGUUGCUUGAGAACAGCAAACUCUUACAAACGAAGUAGGUUCUGUGUUCACUGUUUGACCAAAAUGUUCGGGAAAACAUACUCCUGCUUUUGUUAGGAUAUGGUGAUGGACUACAAACUUGCCAGCACGGACUGAACAAGGACUCUGGGUUAGUAGUUCUGGUUACCAGUUGGCUAACAGACAUCAGUGAGUACUUUGGUUUAGCUCUACAGGUAACUUACAAUUAAAUCAGACGAUGGUUCAGUCUUGUGGGAAGCUAUGGCUAGCUAACGGACCAAUCUAUACCAGAAAGGCCUUCCCCCUCCUUCCCUUCUAGUCUUAAACCCAAAUGUUGAAGUUUAACCUUUCCACAUUAAUCUGCACCGAGUAGUGACUAUGUUCUCCAAACCUAAUUUCCAUUGGACAAUUAAUGCAAAUAAUUGUGCUUCAGCCUUGCAUUCACCAGCUUUCUCCCCAUAAAUUUCCUGAUUUUCACAAUUUUUAUUUAUUUUAGAUUUAAUAUUUUACUUGUUACUUAUCUUCUUUCUUCCCUUCAGUGUCUCUGUAAUAUUUGAUCCUUAAAUAUUUUGCUGCUGUUCGCUGUUUAUUUUCUCUGUGCUCUGUCUAAUUUUCUUUUAUUGUUUUUAUGCACCUACUUACACUGGGCUGACAGAGAAAAUGUUGUUCUGCCUCUAUUAUCUUUCCUCCACCAGCCUGGUUAAGACAAAUGAAAUACAUACUGUCGGAUUCCUUCCACUGGUCUAGUUAAAACAUGUAUUCACAAAUAAUGACAGCUGUAUCAGAUGCCGUUUUUUCCCUCCCACAUUGUCUGUUCCCAAAAAUGUUGAGUUCCCCAGUAUAGAAGCAACGAGAAUAAUAAAGAGAAGAGGAAAGUUAGUUCAGUCUUUAAAUUAAGCCUCAGGUGGGUGCUAAGGCUGACAGCCCAUGUUAUGGGGUGGAACCCAACAUGUAGAUAGGCAGAGUCAGUCAGCUGAUGGCCAUGACUAUUUUGGUAUUGUUAUGGAGUAUUUUACAUCUCCAUCCUAAGUUCCUUAUCCGUCACACUUUCCCACUCCUUUUGCAUGACUUUUCUGCUCUUCUUGCUCUUUCCUCUUAGUCAUGUAUUUUCUGUCAUUGAGAUAUGUUUCUGCUCUUUGCUUUCACCUUAAUUACCCCAUGUCACUUCAUUUUCUGUUUUGUUAAAUGUCUUACUUUUGUCAUAUGUUUACUCUCUUAUACAUACCAUGACAUAUCUUGAUGUUGUUUCCAUCUCCAUUAGCCAUCACAAACUCUAAUAUCAGGAAGAUUGCCCCUCCAGUCUUACCCAAUGCCCCCUUUCAAAGGUUAAGCAACGUAAGACAAGAAAAGUCAAGGAGGUUCAAGGAGGUUUUUGUGUAUAUAUCCAUUCAUCUCUUUUCUACUGCUUAUGUUGGGUUGAGUCACAUGACAGCAAGUUAAGAAAGUUAGUCCAGACAUCUCUUAUCCUAGCAAUGUUUCCUGCUCUUCCUGGGUGAUCCAUUGUGUCCCCACACCAAAUGAGAUAUAUAGUCUCCUCAGCCUAUUCUGGGUCUGAGUUCCUUACCCUUUGGUUCAACCCAAGCUAUAUUAAGGGGGAAACUAAUUUGAUCCACUCAUAUUGGUGAUCUGAUUUGGGCACAACCAAAAACCGUCACCAUGGUGGUUGUCCAUGAACUUCACAAACAGGAUCAGUGACAAGGGGCAACCCUGGCAGAAGCUAGCACUAUUAUGAAAUGUGCUUGACUUCAUUCCAACAAUAGAGACAAAGCUCUCAUUGUAUUUAUUUUAGAAUCAGAUGAGUGACAUAGUGCCCCUCACAGGACCCCCCCCCGGGACACGGUUGUUAAGUCUUAUCAAAAGUACACUUGGUGGGCAACCUCACAUGACCCCUCCAGUAAUCUUACAAGGGUGAAGAGUUGGUCCACUGUCCCAUUGUUGGAUUUUGCAAUACUCCUCAAUAUGAGGUUCAACAAUCCAGAGCAAUGUGUUACCACAAUAAUCUAAUCUGUGUGAUAAUGAAAAGACACGUCAGACAAGACACUCCAGCUAUGAGCAUAAUUUAACAUCAAAACUCAUCCAAACCUGAAGCCCCAAUGAGCCUCUUGAUUUUCUCAGAGAUCCCUACCAGAUUUAUGAGUACGGCUUCCCUCAAUCCUCCAAACUUUGCCUCCUUCGCACAGCCCUCUCCUGGCCUAACUGAACUUCCCACACUCCGGUUUUCGCAACCUUUGAGCUGGAGGCCUCCAAACCAUUCAGCAGCCACCUGCUGCUUCAGUAGAUUCUCAGACCCAUCAUUUCCAAUAGGCUUCCUUCUGUCCUUCCUUCGUUCCUUCCAUAACUACCAUGACAGCCCCCUACAACCUUCUGUUUGCCACUCUCUGCUGCCAUUUCCACAAUGGAGGCUUUGAACUCAGAUUGCAUGCCCCAGCCUCUUCUUAGAUGCAUGAAAGGUUCUUCCAGAGGUGGGAGUUGAGGACCUCAGCCAGGUGUUCCCAGGUCUGUCCAACAGCCUCCCCCACCAUCCAAUCCAGUUCUCCCCCACGUACAAAACAAGACAUACAAAAAUCGAAUAAUUCCAGGUUGAUCAUCAGUCCUAGCCCUAUGGUGUCCUGGUAUCAGAUCAGAACACUCAAAUGUACUGUUUGUUAUGGCCAAUGCAUCCUAAGCACGUAAGUCCAUCAGUUAGUUUCCACUCAGGUUCCGAUAAGACAGACCGUUCCUCUCAAUCAUCUGUUCAUAGUUGCCCACAUAAGCGAUGAAAUCUGCAUAUGUCAAACUGCUGUUAGGUGCAUAAGCACAAGCAACAGUCAGAGCCUUGCUCUCAUCGACAGGUAACCCCCUCCUACCCCACACCACCACCACCAGCACCACACGCAGCUCCCUGGAUCAUUGGGACACACAAACCUCUCCACUAUAUUAAGGUGGUGGUCUUAAACGGUCUGAAUGUUCUCAAGCUGGCUAACCUAGCACCCAACCUCUGCAAUGGCUGAAAAAAGCAAAUUUGUGUGUCAGAAAUCCCCCUGGUAGAAGAUAUGGAUGGAUGUGGUUGUAUGUGUAUGGACUCAGCUGAAUUAAGGCCCUGAGGCUUACUUUCAUUUCUAAAAAGAAGCGAUACACAGGUGCCUUUGCUGCUGUUGGUAAAAGCACAUCACAGUCUGAACGUUCACACUCCCAAGUGUCUGGACAAACUAUCUAUUUAUCAAUCUACCUAUCUAUUUAGUUUCCUGUCUUUUCCCUCCCCUGUUCUCCUGGUUUUGUAGAGUUCUCAGUAUAUCCAGCUGAAAAAAGAACAAUUCAAUCCUGGUUUAAAGUUUAAUUUUCUGAUGUGUUCCCUAUGGUUUUAUUCUUGAUAAUAAAAAAAGCACAAAUUAUGCCAUGUAUAUAACAAUACCAAUAAAAUACAAAAUAAAAUAAUAUUGUUUUUCAA